UGAAGCUCUCGAGCCGCUAUCCUCGUCUGCCGUACUGCAAGUCCCGGAAAUAUUCUUUCAGACAUGGUCACUUCAAAGCGCAAACGCUCUUAUGACUCGGACGACGCCAGCAUCUCCUCCACAAGCGGGCUUGGACAUGACUCGGAGGACGAAGUAGACAUUUCCUCUGCGCUUGUCGGUCGGAAGCCCGCAAAGACGCAACGACGACAAGUGGCCUCGAGGGACGAGGGCGAGGGCGAUGAAGAACUACAGGAGCUCAUUCGAGAGUCCAUCAGCAAGCGUGAUGUCAAAGGAGGGACGGACAUUCUGAAAAAGACGAAGGGAAAGGCUAAGAUGGCGAAGGGCGAAGUCGGCGGUGGUAGUUUUCAGAGCAUGGGCUUGCACCCUUGGUUAUUACGCUCCUUGACAUUGCAAGGCUUCCGUAUACCUACGCCGAUACAACGCCUGUCUAUCCCCGCCUUGCUCGCCAAUCCUCCUAGAGACCUCGUAGGAAUGGCAAGGACAGGGUCCGGAAAGUCUCUGGCGUACAUGAUCCCGCUCAUACAGCGACUCAGCGGUCGUCACUCUUCGACGUUCGGGGCUCGCGCACUCAUCCUACUUCCGUCCCGAGAACUUGCGCUCCAGGUCCUCAAGGUGGGCAAAGAACUCGCUAGAGAUUCAAAGACCGACGACGAUGGCAAGAAAGGACAAAGCCUCCGAUGGAGUCUCAUCGUGGGUGGCGAGGGUCUGGAUGAGCAGUUUGAAAUGAUCACGCAAAACCCUGACAUUAUCAUUGCUACCCCGGGUCGACUGCUUCAUCUCAUAGUCGAGAUGAACAUGGACCUAAAAUCUGUCCAAUAUGUCGUCUUCGACGAAGCCGACCGUCUAUUCGAAAUGGGCUUCGAGACAGCCCUUACCGAGAUCCUUCACCGCCUUCCUCCGACCCGACAGACGCUUCUCUUCUCUGCCACACUCCCAAGAGCUUGGUCGAAUGCGGAGUCCAAGAUUAGCCCCGACCUCAAAGUAGCAUUCUUCUCCGUCAAGCAGGCGGAGAAGGACGCUUGUCUAUUGGUCCUCCUUCGUGAGGUGAUCGGCGUGCCUUUGGGCUCGACCACGUCUCACGCAGAAGAUACGGAUCAGCCCGCAGACAAGAAGGGGAAAGCGAAGGCGAAGCACCACGAGCAGGUCACGGCGCCUCACCAGACCUUGGUGUUCGCCGCGACGAAACAUCACGUCGAGUACCUUACCACUCUGCUCACCACCGCCGGCUUCGCCGUCUCCCAUAUCUAUGGCACGCUCGACCAAGCUGCCCGGUCGCAGCAGAUGGAGCAGUUCCGUCGUGGGCAUACUAGCAUUCUCGUCGUGACUGAGUUGCCGCCGCGGUAUCGACAUCCUGUCCUCGAGAACGUGGUGAACUACGACUUUCCUCAGGGUGCCCGAGUUUUCGUCCACCGUGUUGGGCGUACGGCGCGCGCCGGACGUCAAGGAUGGGCAUGGUCUUUCAUCACCAAUGCUGACUCCCGAAAUCAUAACCUCACUACACUGCGCGAUGUCAUGCGAAAGGGACACAGUAUGUACGAGCCGGCCAAGGAGAUGACGAAGGAGGGGAAAUGGGGCUUCGCCACCACCGACUCAGGCAUCCAUCCCGUGCUGCUCCGGAACAAGAAGGGGGAGUUGCUCGAGAUCGGGGCGAGGGGCAAUACGGAGACGGCGGCCUUGAUGAAGCAGAGACGGAAGGCGCUCAGUAAAGCGGCUCAGCGAGCAUCCUUAGCUUCCACAUCCGCUGCUGCGAUGGACGGGGGUGCGUCUGAGACAGGUGCAGAGGGCGUGGAAUGGCAGACGAAGAAGAAAUCGCGGUAUGUCCGAUUCGAUAUACCAAGUGCACAUUUCGCUUACCUGCAGCAACAGGCCAAGGGCGAUAGCAAGAAUGACUUCCGCGACUCCGAGUUCUACAUGUCACAUUACCAGAAGGAUGCUCACACGGAGAAGGGAUACUCACUCCGUGAUGGGGCUACAUUCGCAGAACAAGCUCGAAACGUUACCUUCGAUCUCACGGGCGAUGAAGGCCUGAAAGACCGCAAGCGUCGUGAGAUGCACUGGGACAAGAAGAAGAAACGAUUCAUCAAGGGAAGUGGAGAGGGCGCCGACAACGUCAAGCUUGUCCGCACAGAAAGCGGCAUCAAGCUUCCUGCUACCUACCGCAGUGGUCGAUUCGACGAGUGGAAAGCGAAGAGUCGUGUGUAUCUACCGAAAGUUGGCGAGGCCGAGGCCGAGGGUCCUCGAAGGGGCAACUUCUCGGCCGGAGGCAGGAAGUUUCUUCACAAGCAAGUUUCCGCGCCCAAGCCGUUGGACAAACUCAACACAGACUACGAGCGGAAAUCGAGGCAGAAGAAGAAACAAGGCCAGAACGGCGGCGGUGAGGGUGAGAGCGGACCUUCAUCCAAACCACUGCCUGGUAGGAAAGGGAAGGCGCUUGGUCGACGAAAUGGAGGCAAAUCAGUUGGCAAAGUCAGGAAUGAGCUCAAGACGGUGGAUCAGAUCCGCAAAAGCCGGCAGGAUCUGGAGAAGAGGAAGACCAAAAACGCUCGUCCGAGCAGGAAGAAGGGCAGACGAUGAGAAA